CAUUUGUUUUUUAUUCGCAUUCUAUUUUUGCGUGUGACGGUUCUGUCCGGCAAAUAAGAUUUUAUUUUGUUAAACUUUUCAUGAUUAUUGUUAAAUUGUCGGCAUUUUGAUAUUUCCUGGCAAUUAAAAACGCAAGUAUCAUGCAGAACGGGGAAGAAACGCCGGCGGCUACAGAAACAGCGAAAACGCCGCAACCCGAAGAGGUUACCAAGCAGUCCUUCCGCAUCAAAGUAUGGCGUCACUUGGAGACCAAUGGGCUGGCUAUGUUCCCCCGGCCUGUAUACAACCGUAUACCCAACUUCAAGGGGGCUCAAGAGGCAGCCGUUAAGUUGGCAGAACUGGAUGUCUUCAAGAACGCUAAUACGGUGAAAGUGAACCCUGAUAAGCCGCAAGAGCCUGUGAGAGUGCUAUGCCUCGAACAACAGAAGACGCUCUACGUGCCCGUGCCGCGUCUACAGAACGGUUUCCUCAACCGUCUCGUACUGCCCGAAGGGGAGACUGGGCCAACAGCGAUCAGGAAAGCGGUGUCGAGGAACGGAAUGGAGACGUAUGGACAACCGUUGUCCAUUGAAGACUCCGUUUCCUUGGACCUUGUGGUGAUGGGCUCAGUCGCUGUGUCCAAAGAGGGAUACCGUAUUGGGAAGGGAAGAGGUUACGGUGAUCUCGAGUUUGGUCUGAUGAUGCACAUGAAGGCGAUAAAGCCAGAUACUCUGGUGGUGACCACUGUGCAUGAUUGUCAGGUAUUCGACACGCUCCCGGCUGAACUGUUUGGACCGCACGAUGUUCCUGUAGAUAUCAUUGUUACACCAACACAGGUGAUUGAAACUCAACGUAUGAGCCAGCGACCAACUGGCAUCUUAUGGCACUUGUUGUCAAGCCGACGCAUUCAGCAGAUGCCCGUGCUGGGACAAUUGAGGGAGAUUGAAAUGCUCGCGGGUCGUGCGUGCACGCUGAAGGAGGAGGACACGGACACGGAGGAGCGCCGCGAGCCCCGCGCGCCCCGCGCGCCGCGCCGCCAGCGCCGCCGCACGCGCUCGCACAAGAGCCACAGCGAGGGGGAGGGCAACACAACAGAGGGCGAAGACGGCAAGCCCAAAUCCCGUCGUCCGGGUCGCCGACGCAACAGCCACAAGUCUGCGAGCAAAGAUGGCAAAGAGAACGACGCUAAGGAACAGAAGCCGCGACGCCCGAGACGGCCCCGACCUGUCAUUGAUUUCUCGGUCAAAAUUUCAAACAUCAGCCCGACAACUCGUGUACGUGACCUGAAGCAGGCGCUCACGGAGCGCGGUGUCAAACCGCAAAUGAUGACCUGGAAGGGCUUCCGCGGUUUCUGCUAUCUGCAUUUCUACAAAUCGGGACCCCAAAAGGGCGAAGGUGACAACAUCCAAGCGCCGAACAUGGACAGCGUCAUUAGCGCUCUGUCCCAGAUGUGUGUCGGCGGUACGGGCGAACAGACAAACGAAAAACCGCGUCUCUUGACCGUCGAACCGGCACCGCCUCGCACGCCGCACGCAAACACCACUGAGCCACCCGCCGCGGCCGCUGAGGUCAUAACAAAUGUUGCCUUGCUGGGGCACUAAUACAAGACGCAAGGCAACAGCUCGUCCCGAACACCAAGCAGCACGCAACACGAACGUUGGCCCGCUUUCAGCACGCGCAUACAAGGAAUCGUCGCGCAUUCCGAUACUAAUAUGUUUAGGUUUAAGGUUGAUUUUCCUUUGGCGACCGGCCGUACAAGUUGCGGCACUUUUGUUGUCUGUUUGUUUAACCCGAUUGUGUUUUUUAUUCGAGAUUAAUGGUAAAAGUACGUUUUUCUCGUUAAAAUGUUGUUUUAAGCUUGUAGUUCUACGAAACAUCACAUCAUUGCAUUUCUGCAAGCACAUAAUUAUUAUGUGUAUUUUUUUAAACAUGCAAUAGAACCUCCACCUCCAUGUAGCUUGCUUUUAUUAUUUGUUAUCUGUACUUAAUUUUCAAUGGGACAAUGUUCUGGAACAUUCUAGAAUGCGAAUUAAAAUUGUUCUAUCACACACGGUCGGGUUAUAAAGAAGCGAAUGUUCGAUUUUUGAGUUUAGUUCGAACGAGCGUUUUUUGUUCCCGUCGCACCAACGGCCGGCGCGUUAGUUAGAGAGAGUGAAAUAUAUUUACAAAAUAAUAUAUGGAUGUUUUGAUUCUCUAGUCUUAGAAUUUAAUCUCUACUCUUGUUUUCAAUGCAUAUUAUAUUUUAAGUAUUCUUCCAUGUCGUCUUAUAGAAGCUAUUUUAGUGUAGAAUAGAUGAAAUAUAUAUUUUUUAAACUAUUAAGGUGCUCUAAACGGGACUCCAAAUUAAUGAAGGAUUUGAUUAGUUUUAAGGGUAUUUAUUUGAUUGAAUUUGGACUCCCGUUUAUAAGAUUUCGUGCCAACUUCUAUAAGAUAUAUUUUAGAACUACUGAUUGUCCUAUUUACCUUGUGAUUCUCGACGACUCUUAGGUCUAAUGGUUACAUAUCUAAGUUGGUAUAGAACAUAAUAAUAUUAUGUCCGCUCUUUUUCAGUAUUAGAUUUUGGAAUUUAAGACUCAAAAAGUGUUAUGGGGUGAAAAUGUUUGAUAUAUCCGGGAAUAUUAGGUUUAUUAAAGAAUUAUACUCCAUGUUGUGUUUUGAUUGUUUAAUAUUUGUUGUUACAGAUGAAUUCGUGGAGAUAUUUUAAAAGUUGCCGUGUUGUAUUUUUUAUUAGUAAUUUAUUGUUUUAUAUAAAUACCCGUUCUGAAGUGUUUGUUAAAUUUUAAAUAUGAGAUUUCUAUAAAUUUAUACGAUUUCUUUAUGAGAUUUCUUCCAACAUUUGCAUAUAAAAGUUCAUAAAUAUAAUAUAUCUCUGCGACAAAAAUACAAAUUUUCACAUUAAAUUUAAAUUUGUUGACAUUUUCACUCUGUAUGUGACAUUUAGCUGUUAUAGUUUGUGAACGACGUUCACGCGUCCUAUUGGUCUCUUAUAGUGAAAAAUUAUAUGUAUUUUAUAGUUACGUUUUUAUAUCGAUAUUUUUCGAAAUUUUACGUUAUCUCAGCAUAAUAAUACGGAAGUAGCUUCUAGAUUUUAUUUUAAGCGUAUGAAUGGAGAUUUUCAUUGCGAGUUAUUGUUAGUUUUUUGUUAGUAAAGUUUCAGAACGUUCAAGCUAAUAAAAUAAUAGCAGUUGAUUUCACGUUGUUACAUUUGGACUGUUAUUUUUCACUGUGAUAUUGUUACGAGUAUUUUUCACAGUGAUAUUAUUUUUUAUUCGUCAAGAUCUUCAUUCAAACGACUUAUGCAUUUUUACUAAACAUUUUUGUUAACGCAAUAACUGCCUAUACAAACGUUCAAUUACGCACAUAAUAUGUAUAUAAGUUGUUUUAUUAUACACUUGUAGUUAUAACAUUGGGUAGCGAGCAUGGAUGGUUCUUGUUUUAUAUUUUUUUUAAUAAAUUUUAUUUAACACCCUUUCGUUUUUUUUAUUCGUAAGCUCUAUACUAUGGAAAUAAAUGUUGUGAUGUAUUUGCCGUAGAGGUUGAAGUACGAAUUAAAUUCUAUUUUUCUAGUUGA